AGGAGGAGGAGGAGGAGGAGGAGGGCCGGCCUGCCUCUGCCUGCCUGCCGGGGAGGCGGUUCUCCCGCCCGCCCCGCCGAAGCCGCGAUGGGGGCCGCUUCCCUCACGCGGGCGAGGCAGGCGGGAGAGGGAGCCAGCGAGAGCGCGGCGGCGGCGGCUGCUCCUGGGAAGCCCCUGGGCGCCUCUCCUUCCCCUUCUGGGGGCUUUCGCGGGCUUUGUUGUUUUCCCAGCUUCCCCCUCCGCCGCGUCUCGGAAGAAGGAGGUGCAGCACUGACAAUGUGAAUGUGCGAUGAUGAAAACAUUUGUAGUUUGAAACUGUUUUCAGAAGGGAAAGUUGUGCAUGAUGAGGUACGGAACGAACAUGGAUAUUUUUAGCCCGUAUAGGAAGAUAGUGGAGAUGACCCCCUGAAAAAGCACCACCAUCCUCAAACAGAGCAAGCAUGGCUUUUGCCCAGUCGCACAUUAUGACAGCUAGAAGGCAUCAGCACAGUAGACUAAUAAUUGAAGUUGAUGAGUACAGCUCAAACCCGACACAGGCUUUCACGUUCUACAACAUUAACCAGGGACGUUUCCAGCCCCCACAUGUGCAAAUGGUGGAUCCUGUUCCACAUGAUGCUCCUAAGCCUCCAGGAUACACACGUUUUGUCUGUGUAUCUGAUACUCACUCCAGAACAGAUCCUAUCCAAAUGCCAUAUGGUGAUGUUUUAAUACAUGCUGGUGAUUUUACUGAACUGGGACUGCCUAGUGAAGUUAAAAAAUUCAAUGAGUGGUUAGGCAGCCUACCAUAUGAAUACAAGAUUGUGAUAGCAGGCAAUCAUGAACUGACGUUUGACCAAGAGUUCAUGGCGGACUUAAUCAAGCAGGACUUUUACUACUUUCCCUCUGUAUCCAAGCUGAAGCCAGAAAGCUACGAAAAUGUGCAGUCUCUCUUAACAAAUUGCAUAUACCUUCAAGAUUCAGAAGUGACAGUAAGGGGCUUCAGGAUAUAUGGCUCCCCUUGGCAACCUUGGUUUUAUGGCUGGGGCUUUAAUCUUCCGCGAGGCCAAGCACUUUUAGAGAAAUGGAACCUAAUUCCAGAUGGAAUAGAUAUUCUUAUAACACAUGGACCACCUCUUGGUUUCUUAGAUUGGGUUCCUAAGAAAAUGCAAAGAGUGGGAUGUGUUGAGCUGCUGAAUACAGUCCAGAGACGAAUACAACCCCGUCUUCAUGUUUUUGGACACAUCCAUGAAGAUGACAGGAACUUAAAGAAAACAAGUAGGAAACAGCAAGCUAGAUGUUAUCCUGGGACAUUCUGGUUCCUCAGGGAAGAACUGCCAAGUUACGGAGUUAUGGCUGAUGGAACUACCACCUACGUGAAUGCUUCUGCAUGUACCGUGAAUUACCAGCCACUCAAUCCACCUAUAGUUAUCGAUUUGCCUACUCCAAGGAACACAUGAUUAUCACACGCAGAAGUAUGAAGCCUGCAACCUGCGUAAAACAUUGGCUAGCAGCACAGAGCUGCUGGUGUAAAAACUAAGCAUACGCUAAAUUAUGAACGUGUUUUUCUUUUCUCUUUAUGAAAUAACUGGAGACGCAAGAAUGGACAGACAUCAGAGGCAUCUGGUAUCACAGCCUUCUAGAAAUACUUCAACAGAUCUAACAUUUCAUCAUUUUAAAAAGACUUUUUAAUACAGAAAAGGGGUGUGCAUUCCAUGUUAUAUCAAGAGAAAUCAAUGCAUUAUGUAUAUUCCAUGUGCUAUAUUGAACAUACUAAAAUGACAUGACUCUUCAGCCAAGUGGUUCUUUAUGAAGGUUUACAGUUUUCAUGUGUGUUAAAUGCUAGCAUUUGCUCAUUUAAACCUGGUUUCACAGGAUAAUCACAGUGAGGGGAAAAUAUAAUUGUGCUAGAUUCUUGGGACUAUUAUUACAGAUAUAAAAUGACUCCCCGUGUAUUUAAGAGGUCAAAAGAAGCACAUUAUUAUGGCACAUACUUUUCAAAUCUAUAAUCUUCCAGUCUUGUAAAACCGAGUAUAGGAGAAUUUUAAAAAUCUUCUUCCAUCUGAUAUUAAAUAUGGAAAGUGAUAUUAUGGUGGAGAUUACCGAAAUGCAGUAUACAGCACACAAAAAUUGAAAGAGAAGUAGUUUAAAUUAAAUGUAAACUCAGGAAUUAAAAAGCCCCCUCCCCAAAAAACCCCUAAUGAAUUCUGCAGCUGUUAAAUCUCAUACAGGGCAAACCUAAUUAUAUUUCCUUAGAAGUAAGUUCUACUGUCUGCAACCGUCUGUACAACAAUGUGCAAAUGCGACUUGAAAUACUUGCUGCAUUUUCAGCCGCUACUGUGUCCAUAGCCAUAGCUUUUGCCCUUGCAGCCCAGUUCUCAAAGGUCAAUUCCACACUCACCCAAGCUGGCAAAUGUGCGUGCAUGCAGCUGAUCCAAGCAUGUUUAAGAACUGCGGAACAAUCCACAUGAGCACAUCACAGGGAACAUAAAUGUGGAUUUUAACUACUAUAUUACUAUAUAGACACAUAACUUCAGGAAUGUGGAGUUCAGGGUCAAAUCUGAGAGAGGUACAGAAUGAUAACUAGACUUGUUGCUUGUUCAGUACUCAAUUUGACGAUUGGUUGCAAUCCAUGGAACAUGGAGCGCAAAAAGAAGACUUGUCAUUUUAUGGCAACCUUAUGUGUUCUGAAAAUAUAUAUUACUGUGGAUCAAAUUUACUCACAAGAUCAGAUGUGCAGAUAUAACUUUGCACAGAAAGGCUACUGCAAACCAGGCUACAUGGCAGGUAGAUGGCAGAUAUCUCUGGCCACCGUUGCGAGAAAAAGCAAAGCCGCUACGACAAGUGGCCAGUUUGCACCAGCCUUUCACCACAUUGUCAUUCCUCCAAAUGAAGGAAUUCUACAUUGUCAACCAGACUUUUAAUGUGGCUAUUUUUAUAAUAAACCUUUACUUAUGUUUUCUAGUGACAACCCCAGAAAAUAAAAUAAGCAAGCUUCCUGAAACAGAUAAAUGAGUCUAAAAUGUUUACAAUAACUCAUAGCACUUCAGAAACACUUAAAAAAGGAGGUGGAGCAUAUUAUUAAAAUAAGAGGCCUUUCCUUUUUUUGCCUCAAGAACAUUUCUAUGUAAGUCAGGAUAUAUUCUCUGAAGAAUAUUUCUCCCCCUGAGAAUAUUUCUUUGGAACAUUGUGCAUUUUUAUGUAUGAAUGACAUUAAGAAGCUUUUGAGGUCAUGAAAAUUUUCAGGUGUGUUGACUCAUUUUGGCAUAACUGGAUUGUUGUUGUAAUUUUCUGUCAAGCAUGUUAGACAAAUAAAAAUCUUUUAAAGCUA